AUGUUCUAUCGUCUGGAAUUCGACUUCGCCUCGGACACCAUCAUGGAGUAUAAGCAAAUGCUGAAGGCUGAGGACGGUCACCGAAGCCGCGCCCAGAAUCACCAGCCCGAGAUCCUAAACGUUCUUGACAGAAGCCGUUUUGAUCUCAGAAACGCCAUCGUUAGGCUCCAAUUCAGGUUUGGCGAAAAUAGGAGACACGGCACCGGAUUCUUCGUCAACCUCCCUUCUCCCAAGUACGAUGUCAUCCUGACGGCUGCCCAUAACCUCAUCGAUGGAAACAAUGUUCGUGCUACGGAGCUGAUGGUGAUUUAUGGAGACAACGAUGCGGAAUUCCCGACCAAGGUUGAGAUUUGUCCUCAAUAUGUGGACAUCCUAGGGACUUGGCCCAAGUCUGAUGAAAGGGCGGUCCAUGAUUACGGCGUCAUACUGCUUGCCAAAGAUAAGACGAGGGAAAAAAAGAGGCCGGGCCUGGGACUCAGCCUCGAGCUCGGCUCCAAGGGCACCUUGCAGAAACCCAAAGAGGUGCGAGUGUAUGGCUACGGAGAAACGGCUGGCAAUGACUUUGUCGAGAGCUCCGGUCCUUUGGCAGAAGUUAGCGACCACCUUGAGUACCACGCAACGACGGAGAUUGGAAUGAGCGGAUCACCCGUCUGGAUUCCCUACGGCGGUCAGCCUAUGGCCGUAGGCAUCCAGUAA